AUGAACAACGAAGACGCUGUGAACGCUUCUCCUCCGUCGCAUAUGGCGAGACAACAGGUCCUCACCAACUACGAGCUGGUUUCUGCGGUCAUGUCUUCCUUCGAUUGCACACUUAGUACCGCUGAAGGACGAGCGACUCUCUUCAAAGCGGCGCUCGUCUGCAAAUCUUUCACAGGACCAGCUUUGGACGCUCUCUGGGAGAGAAUUGACUCCUUUAUUCCCAUUCUGAAGCUCCUCCCGGGGCUUAGGGAAUACGAGUCCUCGUACUAUUUUCAUGGCAGUAUCGUGCUAUCACCAUUCCUUGAAUAUGCGAAGAGGGUUAGAGAACUUACUAUCCCUACUAUCGAGGAGGAAAUCGCCUUCUCGGGUCAGGUGUUCGCAAGGCUAGCGAAGCAACUGAACGGAAAGCCGCUGCUUCCUGGGUUAGUUCGAAUCCGGAUCGAAGACGUGGAUAACAUGGCGUCGAAUCUGAUUCCACUCCUUUCCUCACCCUCCGUGUCUGCCCUCGAGUUUCGCGGCGAAUCGCUUGCCCGAUCUCACCUCCAUCAAUCCCUCUUCCCAUCUCUUGACGUCGACUUUCCGUUCCUGGAGAGCCUUUCCCUCGAAGACAGCUCUUCAUCGUUCGAACACCACGACGACAUCCUCCCGUUGUUGUUAAAACUGACGGGACUUCAAAGCCUGGAGAUUCAUAUUCCUGGAACUAUUGUCCAGCCCGAGUUCCUCGAAUCUCUGGGCCGAAAGUUACCACGUCUGCGCCACCUUUCGCUCGACAUCACCCUUCCUCACUCCGAUUCCGUUUGCCCCUCUGGGUCCCAGUACGGACCUGAGAUGUUCCCAUCUCUCGAGUCACUCCACCUAACUCUGAGGGAUGGAUCGACGUGCCAUUUCCACUCUUCGUCGAUCACCAUCUGCUCCACUUUCGACCCGCUGCUUCUAUCCAGACUAACCUCGAUGACAAUAUUCAUGUCCCAGCCAACGGGUUCCGUGACUGAUCUGAAGCGGGUCCUCCUUCGUGCUCCGAACUUCCAGCGCCUUACAUUGACGCAGGCCAAAGACGACGUCGAGCACGAUCCUCAUCUCGAAGAUGUUCUUUCGCUCCUCGAGAUACCGACUCUGGAGGAACUUGUAAUCGACACCAAUUAUAUCGACUUCUCUGAUGAGCGCGAGGAGGAGACAUUGGCUCAAAUCCUGGUGGACGCCGCGAUUGAAGAAAUUGUCCAUCGGGAUAAACUCGAGCAUUGA